UGGUGGUGGUGUAGCAGCAAGAGGGUAUGGGAUGGAUGGCAGGGCAGUCCAGGGCAGUCCGCCAUUCCAGGACAGGCCAGUCAGUCCGUCCGUGCCCCGGUUUCGAGAAGGCCGAGUAGAAGGUCGGUCAGCCAGGGCGCGCGUUGCGGGACUAAAGCCUCGUCCCGCACUCGAUCCAUCCUCUAUUCUCUCCGAAAAGCACGACGGGCCUGCAAGACUGUGGCCACGACGCUGAAAAUAGCCUACUCUGCUGCACCCAACCCAGCCCACAGCCAUAGUCAUACCCACUCCCACACCCUCUGCCGCCCGCCCCUUGCUUUGCUCAGUGCGUCCCGCCCGCCGGUCAACCGUGGCAGGUGUUGCAGUGGCCGUCUAGCGGCAGCUUUGUUCCACGCCAUCCAUUGCAUCUGCUACUGA